AUGAUCCUCGACCGCACGAUCCCAUCGAAAACCGGCCGAACGGCCCUGGUUCCCCCUUCAGAGGCGGAUGACGAGUUCACGGCUGUCCUCCGCUCACACUCAGACACGAAAAAGUACCUCCGGUUCUGGCCUGACGAGACCACGACCGCCGAUGCGCGCACGCGCCGGCUGUCCCGCCACCCCGAUCCAUCGCUGGUCGACUUCAACGUCUACGCACAGGAUCCGACGACGGGGCUGUACUCCGUGUUUGCCGGCACAACGGGCAUCUUCGCUAUCGACGACAACGGCAGGUCGUGCGAGGUCGGGAUCCUCAUCAGCCCCGACCUGUUCCGCGGUGGCUUCGCGACGGACGCGCUGCAUACAGUCCUGGUGUAUGCGUUCGAGGAGAGAAUGCUCCAUCGCGCGCAGUUCCAGACGUCGGUGGACAAUCCGGGGAUGCGGGGAUGGCUGGAGAAGGCUGGUGCCGUGCUCGAAGGGACCAGACGCGCCGCUUGGUCUGAUAUCAAAUCUGGGGGAUACACGGAUGUCUGUGUGUACAGCAUCCUCGCAGAAGAGUGGUUCGAGCGCGUCAAAGACAACCUUGAGGCUCGAAUGCAACGAAACGGCUGA